AUGGACAGUCUCGAACACGAACUCGAGCACCCGAAGAAACGUCGGCGGCGUGAAAUUGAACGGAAGCCACUCGCCGCUCGGCUGGCAUUUGACGACACAGUGAAGACUGAUGCAGCCGUAAUAUCCCAAGGACUCUGGUCCAGACUGAAGGGUGGCUCUGAAGAUGCACGUUAUCCCUCGUCCAACCUGUUCAUAGCCCUCACACCCUCGUCCCCUCUCCAUACGGAGCUGCAAGAUUCUCCAUGGACUAUUCUUCCUGUUCAACUGCGCGAGCCACAGUCGUCUACUGAGGGCUUGGGACAGUCUGACACCAUAAAGCUUUCGCCAAAUUCCUCUGCUUGUCAAUCGAUUCUGAAGACUUAUGCGGCAAUCGAUCGAGACCGCCAUCCAGGCCAUGUUCCCAAGUCAAUUGAGAUUCGGGCGAUCUCCACGAGACCUCUUACACUAGAAACCAUCUAUGUUUCCGUCGAGAAGGGUAUGCUUGAAAAGAUAGAUGACAUCCAGGCUAAGUUCGGCGGCGGCUUUCAAUACGGGAGGCAGUUGAAGAUUGACAGAAAGCCCUCUACACCCAACGGCGUGCUGCAUAAUGUGCCUCCUAUUACCGGUCGACUAGCCUCACUUGUCCGAGAAGCGCUUUCCCAGCUACCCGUGGUUCAUUCUGGGGAUGUCUUUCCUCUACCACUCCCGGCACACCCAAUCACUCACGUUCGACCGCCUCCUGCCAUCGUGGUGGAGUGCGAGCCAGUGUCUCAAGGGAAGGUCUCUGCAAAGACGAGGAUUGUUCUAAUACAGACCGGGUCUUCACAAGAAAAGGCUCUUUCAAAGUUGGCCCCCGUCCAACCAAUCAUCGAAGAGUCCCUUGAAGAUACUGCUGAGGAUACCUCGAAUGACCAAUUCUAUUCAGCAGCCGAGGAUAGGCAGACAGAGACCGGCUCAGACGAUGAUGAUAUUUCGGACGAGGAAUCGGGCACUGAUUCCCCUCAUGAAGAAAGUGACGAGGAUUCGGAUUCGAUGGACGACAUGAUUUCCCUUAGUGCCCCUGGGCUGCCGCCCCAGCAAGCGGGGACGCUGUCAGCCAUGACUGCGGCUACCCCGAGGCCUGGCGGGAAAAGGGCCACAGGCACGCACACCCCAGGCUCGCUCUACUCGAGCUUCACAUCUGUGACAGCAAGGGGUGGCAGUCGCCCCGGGAAAGUGUUCAGAACCGAGGCCCUUCUUCGCAGGGUUCCGAUUGAACUGAUGCACCCCCAGCCCAGUCUUGACGACGAUGAGGAAUCCUUUGUUUUCAUUGACACCAGCACACUUGCCAAGAUUGGGUGUUUCUCUGGUGACUGGGUUCGAAUAGAGGUCGCCAGAAAUGUGAGCUCCCAGGGCUUCCCGCAUUCAGCUUUGAGAAGUCUUGGCGGAUUCACAGAAGAAGAAUCGGACUGGCGAACGGUCAAGGUCUUUGGCCUUUCGGGGCUGGCGAAUCUUCAGCCACGUUACGCUGUUGACAAGACUGGUGACAGGAGGUCGAGUUUUUCGCAGAGGGACCUCAUGUUACCCUUUUCACCUGUGGUCUAUCUCCCCCCAAUCCUUUUGGCCAACUUAUCGAAUGCCGAAUACGUCAAGCUCGGGGCUUUGCCCACCACUCCCCGGCACGAUCUUAAAUCAAACCACCUGCCACGGUCCAGUACGUUCAAGUCCCCGCCAAUUGCGAAGGAGGUUGUCCUGUCGAAGAUCGCGGACCCAACGACAACGAACCCCGCUUUCCAGCCAACCCUAUUCUCAUCCCUCCAGUAUCACCUUCAGAGCAAAAAGCGCAUCUUGAAGAAAGGCGAUCUCAUUGCGGUGCCAGUAGACCAAGAGCUGGGAAAGGCCCUCACCUCCCAAGGUGGCUCGGAUGAAGCACCGAGUGAAGAUGAAACCAUAAAACGACUCAACUGCCCUGAGACUGUGGGCGGUUCUCGAUUUGCCAUUGCAUGGUUUUCCGUGCAACAGAUUCACAUUGAACAGCAGGGCAAUCAGAGCGAGGAGGAUCAAAAUACGUGGGGUGGUGUUGUAACCCUCGACAGCCUACAAACCAGAGCGUCUCAAAGUGGGACGACCAUCCAAUCGGUGUCACACUCCACAGAGAUUUGGAGUCGCUACUGGUUUGGCAUCAGCAAACUGCCGCAGCAAAACAUACACCGCAUCGAUCAUGUUCCUACAGCCACAGAUAUCCCACCCCUGGACAAGCUUCCACUGGAGAGACGUCUGUCUGGAUUGAUUUCCGCUGCGGUCAGCAACCGUGCUGUGAGUCUGGGACUACCGCCCCUCGUCAUUCUGUUAUAUUCCACCCAACGACAGAUCGGUAAAUCGUACAUCGCGAAAUCUGCCUGCUCGGCUAUCGGUGUGCACGUCUUCCCCAUAUCUGCCCACGAUCUGCUCUCGGAGAAUGCGUCAACCACAGGAGGCGGUGAUACGAAGACAGAAGCAUUAUUACGCACCAGAGCUGAACGAGCGCUUUCAGGAGGUGCUCAGCAAACGGCCUUGCUUAUCCAGCACAUUGAUGCCUUGACUGCUGAUAGAAUGGUGCCUGUGUUACAGGAGAUCAUCUCAGAGUCUCGUGUGUUGAUUGCUACAACCUCCAAAAUUGAUGAUAUCCCGGCAGGAAUCCGCAGUCUAUUCUCUCACGAACUGGAGGUAUCAGCGCCAGACGAGAAGGCCAGAGAAGUUAUCCUUCGCAAUGCGUGUGUUUCCAUCUCGACACCACUCUCAACCACUGUCAACCUGAAAUCAAUAGCUCUUCAGACCGCGGCGCUAGUGGCUGGUGAUCUGUUAGAUGUAGUGAAUCGAGCCUUACUCGCACGGUCGACCCGUCUGUUGUCACUCGCAGAGUCUCAGAGCUGCAAUGUUUCCGACAUUUUCAUCUCUGGAGGUCAAACGGCCACGCAUCUUCUCCCAAGCGACUUCACUCGCGCAAUUGCCGCAGCACGAUCGAGUUUCUCGGACGCUAUCGGUGCUCCAAAGAUUCCAACCGUCACGUGGAAAGAUGUCGGAGGGUUGUCAUCGCAAAAGGAUGCCAUCAUGGAAACAAUUUCUCUGCCUCUUACCCAUCCCGAGCUUUUUGCCAAUGGCAUCCGAAAGCGGUCCGGCAUCCUGUUUUACGGACCACCGGGAACCGGAAAGACUUUGUUGGCAAAGGCGAUUGCUACGGAGUUCAGCCUCAAUUUCUUCAGCGUCAAAGGCCCUGAGCUGCUGAAUAUGUAUAUUGGUGAGUCUGAAGCCAAUGUGCGUCGGGUUUUCCAACGUGCUCGAGACGCCCGCCCCUGUGUUGUCUUUUUCGACGAACUGGACUCGGUGGCACCAAAACGUGGAAACCAGGGCGACAGCGGUGGUGUGAUGGAUCGGAUUGUGUCCCAACUCCUCGCCGAGCUUGACGGAAUGUCAAGCGGUGGCGGAGGUGGUGAUGAUGGAGAUCCCACUUCGACCUCAAACGCCGGCGGAGUCUUUGUUAUUGGCGCAACGAACAGGCCAGACCUCCUCGACCCUGCACUUCUCCGGCCGGGUCGGUUCGACAAGAUGCUCUAUCUAGGUGUCGCCGACACGCACGAUCAGCAAGUUACGAUCUUGAAAGCGCUCACGAGAAACUUCACACUGGCUCCAGAUGUCGACCUGAUGAGCGUUGCACGCCGGCUUCCUUUCACCUACACCGGUGCAGAUUUGUACGCGCUGUGCAGUGACGCCAUGCUCAAGGCGAUCACGCGGAAAACACGUGCUGUGGAUGAGAAGGUACAACAGAUUAGUAAGGCGCGCGGUGAAGACAUCAGCACUGGUUAUUUCUUCGACCACUUGGCCAGCGAGGAGGACGUGCAGGUUGUGGUGGCUGAAGAAGAUUUCAUGGCGGCUCAGAACGAGUUGGUCGGUAGCGUGAGCAAGAAAGAACUGGAACAUUUUGAGAGGAUUCGCAAGCUGUUCGAGGAGCAAGAUAUCACUGUGACGCCGUCCACCAACGGUACAAGUGGCCAUGCCCCUGCAAGUUUACCUUUGCGUCCUACGCCGACGCCACAGCUGGCUUCCCAACCCGGAUCGGUUCCUCGGGCCAAGGAUCAAACGCGAGAUACUCAGCCGCAAAUCAAAGACAAGGGCAAGGGCAAACAGAGAGAAAGCAACACGCCCAACUCCGGUCACACCCCAUCACCGGUUUCUCCGACCCAUGACUCGAGCUACAACAAAACAACGGUACCACGGAUCGGCAAUCCCGACUCUGGCAACUCUUCAGACGCAGACAACUCCGACUUUGGCUUCAGUAUGAGGCCCGCUCAUAUGAAUGGAAACGCGAUCAAUGGAACAGGAACAUCUGUGGAAAACAAGGGCAAGGGCAAACUAAAGGAGAUAGCUCCAGAAGCGUUGGCCGAUGGAUUUGUGGAUGAUGUCGAGGGAGACGACGAAGGCCUGUAUGACGAUUGA